GUUAGUUUUCUUGUUUGAUCAUGGUAGUAGCGUGACGUCGGUCGCCGCGUCAAAUGUCACGUUCAUGAAAACUUUCCUUUCUAGGAUCGCCUCGGGAUAAACUACUUUCUCUAGCUGUCCCCAUUGCCAUCCUGCUUGCUCGUGCUCGAUGUUCAGGAUUUCGUUGUCAAAGGUUCCAUUGUCUCGCCCUGUAUUCCCUUCUAUCCAAAAUGCUCAGGGCAGAACAGUUGCUACAACAGUGAAUGUUCCCCGGAGGGCCGACGUUCCAAAUCCAAGAGGGUCAGGCAAGAUAUGCACGCCGCAAGACUUUCUUAAAGCCAUUGGCCGUUCUUCAGAGACUAAAAUAUCCAUAGACAACUGGGAGGCGUUCUGGCGUACAUCAGGAUGGGAUAUGAAGAAUGCCGGAUUGAGCGUCCAAGACCGGAAGUAUAUUCUUUGGUGCAUGGAGAAAUUUAGGCAGAACCAACCAAUAGAAGGGUUUGUCCAUGAGGAGAAACCCAAGAAGAAAAUACGGGGUCGAGGUCCCGCUGUUCAAUUCGGAAAGCGCAUUCGCUCGCGGAGAGAUCGGUAGUUCCGUACCGUACUCCAGCGUAAUUUCACCCCAGAUUUGUUCUUCAUUACACGGAUUUUCUCAAUUUUUUGAUAACCUUUGUUCAAAUCGCGUUAACGAAGAUUGCUGUCAGCAGCUAUCGGUGACCCUCUCGGGUAAAGUCUUGAGGCUAGAACUACCCUUUGUU